UUAGUCAAUAUCCUUUUCGUACGUUGCCGCCCAUAAACACCUUCCUAUUAAAUGGUCAACAAUGACCCCACUGUUUCUCCAGUAAUCUCAGGCGCCACAACUAUAUGAGGAUCACAACGAGUGACUCAGGUGACACCCUGCAAUUUUUACCCCCGGAGGCACACGACGAACUUGGCCACACCACCCCCACAUUGGGAGCGGACAAGCUCGCUCGUUCGAUCUCGAAGCCAUGCGGCUCUUGCUGUGCCUGCUCGCGCUGAUACCACUCGUCGCGGCGGAUUGCACGUGCGACAGUGAGCACGAGCACGGCAACAAGAGCCAGGCCCUCAAGUACAAGCUCGCGGCCUUCGCGUCCAUCCUCGUGGCCAGCACGAUCGGGGUGUGCCUCCCGAUCCUCGGCAAGACAAUCCCGGCCCUGCACCCGGAUAGGAGCGUCUUCUUCAUCAUCAAGGCCUUUGCGGCUGGGGUGAUACUGUCCACCGGGUUCAUACACGUCCUCCCGGACGCCUUCGAUAACUUGACCUCGCCGUGCCUGAGCGAUACCCCGUGGGGGGCGUUCCCGUUCGCGGGGUUCGUGGCGAUGCUCGCCGCCCUUGGGACGUUGAUGGUGGACACCAUCGCCACUUCUUACUAUAGGAAGUUGCAUGCCGACAAGGCCGGAUCGGACAAGACCGUCGGAGAUGAAGAGAAGGCCAGAGAAAACGAAGUUGAUGUUCAUGUGCAUGCAACUCAUGGCCACUCUCAUGGUGCCAUAUCGACAGACUCGGAUCUUCUGCGGCAUAGAGUGAUAUCUCAGGUGCUAGAGUUGGGGAUUGUGGUGCACUCAGUGAUCAUAGGGACCUCGUUGGGAGCUUCAGAGAGUCCAAGUACAAUUAAGCCUCUUGUUGCUGCCUUGACCUUUCACCAAUUCUUUGAAGGCAUGGGCCUCGGUGGAUGCAUCACUCAGGCCAAGUUUAAGACUCGGGCAAUCGUAAUCAUGGCACUGUUCUUCUCCCUCACAACCCCAGUUGGCAUUGGUAUAGGAUUGGGAAUCACCAGUGUGUAUGAAGAGAACAGCCCAACCGCACUCAUUGUGGAGGGCAUCUUCAAUGCUGCAUCUUCAGGGAUAUUGAUUUACAUGGCCCUGGUCGAUCUUCUUGCUGCUGAUUUCAUGAGCCCUAAGUUGCAGAGCAAUGGGAGGCUCCUGUUUGGGACCAACAUAGCUCUUCUUAUCGGUGCUGGUUGCAUGUCUCUCCUGGCCAAGUGGGCUUGAAACAUAGGAAGCAAAGAGAAAGAUAAAUGGAAAAAAGAGAUCUAACGUACAAUUUUUUAUUUUAGUUACUUGAAGAGCUUUAGCUUUUUCUUUAGUCCUAGGCAUUAGUCAAUAAGCAUAUAUGAUUGUUCGACCAUUUCAUGAUGUUUGAGCUCAAAGGAGAUGACGAUUCUCGUGGAAUAAAUGUCGGAUAUCUUCUACUGACUGAUCCUGUUCGAUAGACACAAGGGAGAAGUAACUUGAUAUACAGCAGGUUUUUCUUUCUUCA